CGUGUGCAUGACAUGGUGCUUGAUAUGAUCUGUUUGUUAUCAGAAGAAGAGAACUUUGUUAGAAUAUUUGAUCGUGAGGAGCCAAAUACAUCUUCAAAAGUACACCCUCGUAGGUUAGCCACCCAAAAAAGAAGUCAUAGAGUAUGAUCAUCUGGACAACAUGCACACAGCACAAGUCAGAUCAUUUAAUGUCACCGGGUGUCAUAUUGCUGCGAUGCCAUCACGUUUAGGAUUUCAAGCAUUGCGUGUGCUAGCUAUAGAAGACUGCACUUUUAUGAAAGAUGAUGCCUUUCAUCUUGAAAACCUUGGGAGGUUGCAUCAGCUGAGGUAUCUCGGACUGAGAGAGACACCUAUUAGUAAACUUCCUAAAGAGAUAGGGGAACUUAGGUUUCUGCAGACAAUAGACUUGUGGGAAUGUAAGAAUGUAGAGGCAUUGCCGCAGAGCAUUAUUUUGCUACGACAACUGAAGUGCCUCCGCGCUGGAGGUGCAGCAUGUAAGCCCAUAAGUGUGCCAGAUGGGAUGGGGAACCUAACAUCCAUGGAAGAGCUAUGGCUGAGAUAUGUCGACAAGUGUCCAAACUUUGUUCAAGAGCUCGGCAAGUUGACCGAACUGAGGAACCUUAAUAUUUGUAUUGAACUUCCUGAGAGUUGGAUGUGCAAGACAUUUGUAGAAUCUCUAGAUAAUCUGCAGAAAAUACAAGUCCUAUCUCUUCAUGCUCUAAAUGCAAAGCUCAGCUGGGAGGGCUAUGUGCCUCCUCCACAACUUUCGCAUUUGACCUUGACGACAGUAAACGCUAGACUGCCAUCGUGGACUAAUUCCACGCUCCUUCCAAACCUUGUCCACUUAGAGAUUUCUUUGGGUGAUGCGAUGGAGGCUCAUGACCUGGUGACACUUGGGGAAUUUCCAGAGCUCCUACGUCUCGAAAGAUGUGGAAGUGACAACGACAUCCCUGUUGUUAUGGGUGGCAAUGCCUUCCACAAGCUGAGGAGCUGCAACAUGACUGCACCGUUGAGGUUUCUACCGGGGGCUAUGCCGAGCCUCGAACGUCUUGCGUUUACAGUCCAUGUACAGCCCUUGAAGGAGGCCAACUUUGACUUCGACGUUGGCGGUUACAUUAAUGUCGACGGCCUGGGCGCUGCUGCUUUUCACAUAGAUCAUGCUGAUGUCAAUGAAUGA